AGAAGAAGAACGUUCAACGAAGGUUCAGUUGCUUCAUUGAUGGAUUGGAUGGAUGAUGGGCCGCGUUGGGGAUCGAACACGUGGCGUCCUGUUAUACAUCUGCGGCGAAAAGACGACGAAGGUUAAGUCGCUGCUUGAUCGAUGGAACACGUGGCGUUCUGUGAUACGUUUACGAAUUUGGCUCUGGUUUUGGAAGAGGAGGGCUCUCGUCGUAAGAAUGUUCAGCCCGUGGUUGAUUGAUGACGUGGACGAUGAUGACAUGGAAGAUCAAUCUGACGAAUCUGGCUCUGAUUUCGGUAGAUGGGGGCUUGUCCGCGAGUAGUGGGUACAGUAUUUUUUUUCUGGUCCAGAGUAUAUGAUUAGACCAUCCGGGCGAUGAGGAGAGGAGAGGUAGGAAUGAAUGAGAGUAAUAAAUUAACUGCUUCUUCUUGACUGUGAUAGAAGAACGGUAAAUCAGACAGAGAAGGAGAUGGCGGCCGCCGCUGCUGCCCAUUUUGCCGAAAGGCAUGGGCGCUGGAAGCGUGAGGGAGCGAAGUCGCACUUGGUGAGGUGUACGAAUGAUGAACUGGGGCGUUUUGGACUGAAUUUAGUCAGGUUAAUCGGUCAAAUUCGUCCCUAUAUGCAUGGGCGCUGGAAGUAAGAGGGAGCAAAGUCACACUUGGUGAGGUAUACUCAUGAUGAACUGGGGAGUGUUUUGGGGCGUUUUGGACUGAAUCUAGUCAGGUUAAUCGGUCAAAUUCGUCCCUAUAUGCAUGGGUGUUGGAAGUAUGAGGGAGCAAAGUCACACUUGGUGAGGUAUACUCGAGAUGAACUGGGGAGUGUUUUGGGGCGGUCAAAUUCGUCCACGAAAGUUGUAGGAAACCUUGGCACUGGAAACACAGCCACUCUUGGUGAGGUGUACUCGUCAGCAAUUGGGGCGUUUCGGACUGAAUCUAGUCGGGUAAGCGGACAAAUUCGUCCAGGAAAGUUGUAGGAAACCUUACAGGGUCUCAAGUCUUUUCAAAGUUGUCUUCUGGUGACGGAUGUUUCUAUAGCGCUGUCCUCAGAGAUAGCCUCGUGUAAGUUCUUAUUAUGCACGAAAGCAUGUAUCUAGUCCUUUUUCGGGACACGUCCGUCCGUUAAAUGGGGAACGAUACAGAGAAGGAAGAUUAGCAGUUGGCCCCUGCGCAAGGUUGACACGCAUAAAUCGAGAAGUGAUCCUAAAAAAAAAAUUCUGUUGAUUCCGCCCAUGCGGGAUCAGGAUGCAAGUGAUUGAGCACCGCUCAAAAUAGCUCUUUUUUUUUUU